AACAAGACGACGGUGUGAAGGCUUCCACAACUCCGAGCAUCGCUUCUCCCUGGAUGUUUCACGACUCACUGCCAAAACUUGGCAAGAGCAUGGUUGGCGCCCUAAAGGAAGAGGCAUUUGCGCGCCCGACGCAGAGCGCAGCCGGCAAAAGUGGAACACUGCAGGAAGACCUACAUGAAAGUAAAAAGCUGAUGAAGGACCUUCAUGACGAGUACAAAAAGGCCGGUCGGAAUGAGCACACAAUCCCGCCCUAUGGCUCCGAACCCGACGAAGAGAAAGAGGAUUGCGGGCCGACGCCGAUAGAUAAAGGGGACUGCGAAGACCUGAAGCCGCUGAAAAUAUGGGAACACAAGUACGUUCCACCAGGGAUCGCCAUCGCAGACCGGGCGUCGCUGUUCGCCAUCUCAGACCUUGCCUCUCUCUCUGGGAACGGAGUGAUAUAUGCCCGUAACUUCAGACAGCAGCGAUUUAAAACUUGGAAGAAAUUCGUAGACUGGGCAGGAGGGGACGAGACGGCGGUAAGAAACUUCGAUAAAGAUAUUAAUAAAAAAAGUGCAGUAGCCUUUGCUAAAAAGUUUGUUCCGAAGCCGUUCUAUUGCGGA